CCGGCUCAGCAGCAAGCGACCAGCACAAAGGCUACAGCAUCUAGCAAAGACACCAAGCUACAAGCAAACACCGCCAAGAAAACAAACUCAACCAUGACGACCAAGAAUACGUGGGCUGUUUCUGAGAAGGGGACGUUCGUACGCGACCCGAGCAAGUUUCGCAACUGGAUCGAGCCUAACGCCGACGCUGAGUUUCCCGCUGAGGCGAACCGAUACCAUUUGUACGUUUCCCUUGCGUGUCCGUGGGCUCACCGCACGUUGAUCACACUCUACGUCAAGGGCCUUCAAGGCGCCAUCGGACUCUCGAUCGUGCACCCGGUUUUCCAGCGUACUCGCCCCAACGACCCAGAGGACCAGCACAUGAGCUGGGCCUUUGCCGACCCCAAGAAGACCCCAUGGCUUGCCGGCCCGUCGGGGCAUGGCCAAUAUUCCUCAGAUGGCGCCAUUCCGGACACGAUCAACAACGCGCAGUAUGUCCGCGACCUGUACGAGAUGUGCUCUGAAGGCAACACGCGCUACACGGUGCCUGUUUUGUGGGACAAGGUCAAGAAGACCAUCGUCUCGAACGAGUCUGCCGACAUCAUCCGCAUGCUCAACUCGUCGUUCGACGGUAUCGUACCGUCCAAGGUGGACCUGUACCCAGCCAAAUACCGCGAGCAGAUCAACGAGGUCAACGAGUGGGUCUACAACAACAUUAACAACGGCGUCUACAAGUGCGGCUUCUCGUCCUCGCAAGGGGCGUACGACGAGGCCGUGAACAAGCUGUUCGAUAGCCUCGAUCGCGUGGAGGAGAUCCUAUCCAAGCAGCGAUUCCUUAUGGGCGACGUGUUCACUGAAGCGGAUGUACGUCUAUUCACGACGCUCAUCCGCUUCGACGAAGUUUACCACGUGCACUUCAAGACGAACAAGAAGAUGAUCAAGGAGUACCCGAAUCUGCUCAACUACACUCGGGAUAUCUUCCAGUUCCCGCCCGUGGUCAAGUCGAUCGACAGCAAAAUUCUCAUGCAGCACAUUAAGUUCCACUACUACGGCUCGCACACUCACCUCAACACCUUCGGCAUUGUCCCCACUGGGCCGAACACCGACUUAAGUGCGAAGCACGACCGUGAUCGCUUCCAAAGCGCUACACUCCCGGAGUUUUCUAUCAACAGCAACUAAUGAGAGGCAAGUCGGAGGUGAUCGGUGCAGGUGUAGCAUUGAAUUAUAAUCCGCGAACACGAACGAGUUUGCAUUAUCA